UAUGAAUACCAUAGACAAAUUCAGUCGUACCUAGGCAAACAUCUACAUACUUUACGGUGUCGAUUUUAUCAUUCAGAAAGAUAAGUUAGCGUCAUAGAAGAACUAUUGUUUACUAACUAAUAAUAUUAUAGAAAUAAGAAAUAAAUAUGAGCGACGAUGAUCGAGACAUCGAUAUAGAAAGCGAUGAAGGUGACGACUCUGAUUCUAGGCAAAGGCAUUCCAAUAAUACACAAUAUUAUUCUCAGGCUGAAAAACGUGCACAUCAUAAUGCUUUAGAACGUAAACGAAGAGAUCAUAUCAAAGACAGUUUUUCAAGCCUUAGGGAUUCUGUACCUGCUUUACAAGGUGAGAAAGUUGCUAGCAGAGCUCAAAUACUUAAAAAAGCUGCAGAGUAUAUACAAUUCAUGCGACGUAAGAAUUCUUCCCAUCAACAAGACAUCGAUGAUCUGAAAAGGCAAAACAGUCUAUUGGAAACUCAAAUACGAACACUCGAGAAGGCAAAGAUUACUGGGAAUUUUGCUGCAGAAACAUGCGAGGUAUCUAAAUCUGAUUCAAUUGGAAUGGGUGGUUACAAUGAUUCUGAAUCAGAAUCUUCAGAUAGUGAAACUGGACGAGCAAUUCGUCAACCCAAAAAAUUAAAAGUUGCUGGAUUGCAUCAUUGACAAAAACUGAAGAAAUUUCAUCAGAAUUGAUUAUUCUAGAACUUCAGUUUGAUAUAAUACAAUCAAUUUGUUAUAAGUUAUAGAAUACACAUUUUAUGUAAACUUAAGUAAGUUAAGUAUCUAUUUAAAUAAAUGAUCCGAUUUUAUUUAUAGUAUAUAUGUAAUAUAGUAAAAGAUAUUAUCCUUAUUAUAUUGUAGUAUGUAAUAAAAUAUUCUGUAAUAAGAGAAACGAUGUUAUAAGGAUGGCGUGUUACAUCGCACGGACCAAUAAAAGUAUACAGGUACAAACUUAUACAGAAAUAAAAUACAAAGAAGUAAGAAAAAAAAUUAAAGAAUAUAUGUACCAUUA